AUGGAAGAAUAUAUCAAAGCUGCACCAGAUUCUCAACUAUCCUUUCCGGAAUCCAAACUUCUUACUACUCUUCUCAGCCGAGAAGAUCAAUAUGACUAUAAUCAACUACAGACUAAAUCACUACCUAGUGAUACUCAACAUCUUCUUCAUCAAAUAUCGUCAUUUCUUCAGCUUCCGCCUUCGACAACAUGGAUGGCGACUAAACUUUUAAAAAAACUUCUCAUUCAACAACAUUCAAUCAACGUUCUCACCAUCCUUGCUUCUGUCACACUUUCAUCCAAAUAUCAAGAUUCACCAUACCAAUCGAUCGACUACGAACUUCUUGCUCAAUGCUGCCAUAUUGAUGAUAUCCAACAUAUUCAUGCCGCUGAAAUCGAUCUUUUGGAACGACUCUCCUACGAUAUUGCUGUGACAACACCUGAUCAUUUCUUUUCUUAUUUAUCCAAUCUUAACAAUGAUUGUAAAUACUUCAUCAAUCAAGCUCGAUCUCUCUUCUCGCUAAUUGUGACACAGUCAUCUGAAAUAUCUGAAUCUCUGCAUGAAUAUCCAUGUAGCAUCAUCGCUCUAUCAUUGUUAUGUAUGAACACAUCUGACAUUUUCAUCUUUGAACAAAUCAAAUGUUUUAUUGCCCAUAAGAAAGACCCUUCACAUUAUUUGAAUCAGCUACUACAUUGCACAGCACAACUUCGACAUGUUUUAUCUCAAUGA